AUGUUGCGAGCGAACGCGGAUCCCAACAUGGAGUGCACUGAAGAUGGCGACACACCAUUGCACAAGGCAAUCAGAGGAAGUCAUUACGAUACUGCAAAGCUUUUAAUCCGAUAUAAUGCGAAGUUGGAUCACAGAAACAAGCAGGGAGAGACACCAAAAGAUGUGGCAGCUUCAUACAAGGAAAGAUUCAUUGAUCUCUUCGUGGAUAUUCCAAGCCCAAAUGUUUUAGAGGGGAAUUGA